ACAACUACCUCUUCUUCUUCUUCCCCAAAAUUCCCUCAAAUUUUUUCAAACUGAAAAAAAAUCUGCAAUGAACGAUCCGAGAUUCGACCGUUCCAAAUCCAACGGUCACAAUUUCAAUCCCCAAAUCGAAAACCGCUGCGUCAACAGCGCAUCAAUCGAUCACGAAUUCGUCCAAUUCCGGCCGAAUUUCCAGACCUCCGACGACGAUUCCGGCGCGUGCUCGCCGCCGCUGUGGAAGAGCAGCCCGAGCAAGCCGUCGGAGCCGCUCCUCAGCCACCACCACUACCGCAGCCUGUCGCCGGCGGCGCGGCUGCAGGCCAUCGCGAGGGGGCAGAGGGAGCUGAUGGAGAUGGUGAGAAACAUGCCGGAAUCCUCCUACGAGCUGUCGCUGAAGGAUCUGGUGGAGCACCACCGGAUUGAGGCCCCCGCGCCGCCGCCGGGGGAAUCGCCGGCGAGGGUGGGGAGGCAGGAGAGCAAGAGGAGCGUGUCGAGGAGCGGGAGCUUGAAGGUUGAGAGCAGAGGGGUGUUUUUGAAGAUGGUGUUGCCGUUUUCGGUGCCGGCGAAGAGGAGGAGCGGUGUUGAUCGGAGUUUUAGUAGUGGGAGGGUUUUGCCGGCGAAGGGCGGUGGGGAAGGGGAUUGGUGGAGGAAGAAGGUUAGUCGGUCGAGUGAGAGCGAUAGCAGCAGGAUGAGUGUUAAUAGCGGCGCCGGCGGCAGUAGCAGAAGCAGCAGCGCCGGCAGCAGUAGCUGCCGGAGCUUUGGCGCCAGCAGGAAAAGGAACGAUUAUCAAACAGGCUGCUGGCCGUUUUUUCGAGCCAAAAACAAUAAAUCAGCGGAGUAGAAGAGUGAUGAAUUUGUAGAUUCAUGAAAGCAGAUAUUAUUAUGUUUUGUUUGUGAUCAUGAAUCAAGUUGUGGCAAGUGUAAUAACCUGUGUUGUCAAAAUUCCAAGUUGUGUAGUGCUACUGUUAAUGAAUCAUAAAUUAACAACAUCACACAAUAUAACACUUGUUGCAAACGAAAUAUGUCUUAAUUUUGAGGGUAUUUGAUCGCAAUCUUUCUUGUUUCA